GCCACCAUAUUAAAGCCAUGGCCGUCUCAGAGUCUUCCUCCUCCAUGCAACGCUUCAAUGGCGGGUGUUAGGUUGGUGGUUCAGCGGGUCUACCUUUCCAUCUACAACUGGGUCAUCUUCUUGGGAUGGGCGCAGGUUCUGUACUACGCAACCUUGGCAUUGUUGGGCAGUAAUCAUGAGACCGUCUAUGCUGCCGUCGAGCAGCCUCUGCUGUUCGCACAGACCGCUGCUUUAAUGGAGAUUCUUCACUCUAUUGUAGGGUUUGUGAGAUCUCCAAUCUCUGCAACUCUUCCACAAAUUAGUGCAAGGUUGUUUGUUACCUGGGGCAUCUUGUGGAGCUUUCCUGAGACACAUUCUCAUGUUCUUGUUACUUCCUUGGUCCUAAGUUGGUCCAUCACUGAGAUCAUCAGAUAUUCUUUCUUUGGUUUGAAGGAGGCAUUUGGAAUUAUACCUUCCUGGCUCUUAUGGCUUAGGUACAGCACAUUUUUUGUAUUCUAUCCUAUUGGUCUUGUUAGUGAGGUUGGCUUAAUAUACGAUGCCCUACCUUACAUGAAGGCAUCUGAAAGGUACUGUAUUAGGAUGCCCAACAAGUGGAAUUUCUCUUUCGACUACUUCUAUGUAUCUGCUCUUUUAAUCAGUCUCUACAUUCCAGGAUUUCCACACAUGUUCCUUUAUAUGCUCGCCCAACGGAAGAAGGCCUUGUCAAAGGCAAAAAUUGUAUAAUUACUCCACAUGAGCUUCCUAGUCCUGAGUAUCUACUGUAACUGCACGAUGCGCUUAAUGCAGAAGCCAAAAAUGACCUCUAAUAUUUGU